AUGGUGAUGACGAAAACAGCUGUGUUCUGGGACAUCGGGUCCUGUCCCGUUCCUUAUGGUUAUGACCCUUGUCUGGUCGGUCCGGUUAUAAAAUCAGAGUUGAAGAGAUCAGGCAUCUCUGGCCCUAUCACCAUCACUGCCCUUGGCAAACUAAAACUCAUCCCUACUGAUGUCCUUAAAUCACUCUCUUCCUCUGGAAUAGCUCUUAGAAACGUCUCUCAAGGUUUAGGUGGUAUUGUGGCAUGUUUGUUAGUUUGGAAAUUUCGUAAUACAGCUCCAGCUAAUUUAAUGGUCAUAUCCAAUUUAAAGCUCGAACCCGAUGUUGAAGUUGAGCCACAUAUAUUCAAGAAUCUAGUUUCCGAGCUAAGUUUGAAAGGAAACAGACUUCUUUGGGCGUAUCCAUGUGUUCCUUCAGAGCCAUCAUGCUUCUCUGCGGUUGUUUCUAAAACAUGGCUAUGGACAAGCUUGCUUGAAGCUCCCGUUGAUGAUUCUGAUCAUGAACUAGUUGUUUCCAAGGACAAGUGUGUAUUAUCUCGUCCCUGGUAUUGUAGUGUAUGCCAUGUUGAGUGUCAUAGCUUUGAAGAUUUCACCACGCAUCUCAAGAGUGAACAACAUGACAAGAGGGAGUUGCACUUCUUGGGACUAAUUGAGCAUCAACAGACAAAUGUGUAG